AUGACCGCCACCAAGAUCGAUGGCACUGCCAUUGCCAAGGGCAUACGACAGAGGCUUGGUGCAGAUAUCAAGCAAAAGCAGGAGAGCAAUCCGCGAUACAAGCCUGCGUUGAGGAUUAUACAAGUUGGCGACCGCUCAGACUCAAGUACCUAUGUGCGGAUGAAGUUGAAGGCGGCGGAAGAGGCCAACAUCGACUGCAAGCUUGAGCACCUCCCAGAAGACAUUACCGAAGCCGAGCUCCUCCAGAAGAUUACCCAGUUCAACCACGAUCCUUCCAUACACGGCAUCCUUGUCCAGCUACCUGUACCGAAGCACAUUUCAGAGCACGCCGUGACCUCUGCAGUCGCCGACGAAAAAGAUGUCGACGGCUUUGGCGUGGCGAACAUUGGAGAGCUCGCGAAGCGCGGCGGCCACCCACUCUUCGUUCCAUGCACGCCGAAGGGUGUCAUGGUCCUCCUGCAAGAGGCGGGCGUAGACUUGAAGGGCAAGAACGCGGUGGUCAUUGGGCGGAGUGACAUUGUCGGAAGUCCCGUCAGCUACCUGCUGAGGAAUGCCGAUGCCACCGUGACGGUUUGCCAUUCCAAGACGAAAGAUCUGCCGGGCAUCGUCAAAGGCGCGGACGUAGUUGUCGCAGCCAUUGGACAGCCAGGCUUCGUCAAAGGAGACUGGCUGAAGCCCGGUGCCGUGGUCAUCGAUGUUGGCACCAACUACAUUCCGGAUGACUCCAAGAAGUCCGGACAGCGCCUUGUCGGUGACGUCGAUUUCGAAUCAGCAGCCGAGGUGGCCGGUCAAAUUACGCCUGUACCUGGCGGCGUCGGGCCUAUGACUGUAGCAAUGCUGCUGCAGAACGUGGUAGACUCUGCGACAGCCUACUUCGAGCGACAGAAAGCACGGCACAUCACUCCUUUACCUCUCAAGCUAAAACAACCCGUUCCCUCGGACAUCGCAGUCUCCCGUGCCCAACAUCCUAAGCUCAUCAACGAGAUUGCGGAAGAAGUCGGCAUUGCUCCGCACGAGCUUGAACCAUAUGGUGCGUACAAAGCUAAGGUAGACCUCAAGCUCUUGGACCGUCUCUCUCACCGCCGCAAUGGACGCUAUGUGGUAGUCACCGGCAUUACUCCGACGCCGCUCGGCGAAGGCAAGUCAACAACGACGAUGGGCCUGGCACAAGCACUUGCAGGCCACCUUGAUCGUGUCACUUUCGCCAACGUCAGGCAGCCCAGCCAAGGCCCCACCUUCGGGAUCAAGGGCGGCGCAGCUGGCGGCGGGUACAGCCAGGUCAUCCCCAUGGACGAGUUCAAUCUGCAUUUGACAGGCGACAUUCAUGCCAUCACCGCAGCAAACAACCUCUUGGCCGCAGCUAUCGAGACGCGCAUGUUCCAUGAGAACACCCAGAAAGACGGACCACUGUACCGCCGACUGGUACCCGCGAAAAAGGGCAAGAGGGAGUUUGCACCGGUCAUGUUCCGCCGGCUGAAGAAGCUCGGUAUAGAGAAGACGAAUCCGGAUGAGCUUACAGAGGACGAGAUUCGCAGAUUUGCGAGGCUUGAUAUUGACCCGGAUACCAUCACUUGGCGAAGAGUACUCGAUGUCAACGAUCGCCACCUCCGAGGGAUUACUGUCGGUCAGGCGCCUACCGAGAAAGGUCAGACGCGUCAGACAGGCUUUGACAUUUCGGUCGCAUCUGAGUGCAUGGCCGUUCUCGCCCUCUCGAACUCCCUCACCGACAUGCGUGAACGCCUCGGCCGCAUGGUUGUCGCUUCAUCUCGGUCAGGUCACCCGGUCACAGCGGACGACAUCGGCGCAGGCGGCGCUCUAACGGCACUCAUGAAGGAUGCCAUCAAGCCGAAUCUCAUGCAGACGCUUGAGGGUACGCCCGUCUUCGUUCACGCAGGCCCCUUUGCAAACAUCUCUAUCGGCGCUUCAUCAGUUCUUGCCGACAAGCUGGCCCUCAAGCUAGCCGGCACAGAACUAGACGAAGAUCACGAGCAGAAGACUGGCUUCGUCAUCACAGAAGCAGGCUUCGACUUCACCAUGGGCGGCGAGCGCUUCUUCAACAUCAAGUGCCGCUCCUCCGGUCUCGUCCCCGAUGUCGUCGUCAUCGUUGCCACCGUCCGCGCUCUCAAGGUGCACGGCGGCGGCCCAGAGAUCACACCCGGCGCGCAGCUCGACGAGGUCUACCGCACCGAGAACAUCGAGGUUCUGCGAAAGGGCUGCGUAAAUCUGAAGAAGCAUAUCAGCAACGCCAAGCAGUUCGGCGUCCCCGUUGUCGUAGCCAUCAACAAGUUCGAGACCGACACAGACGCCGAGGUCGAGGUGGUGCGCGAAGAAGCCAUCGCCGCCGGCGCCGAAGACGCCAUAUCAGCGAACCACUGGGCCGAAGGCGGCCGCGGCGCCAUCGACCUCGCGAAGGGCGUCAUAUCCGCCUCGUCGCAACCAAAGGAUUUCAAGCUCCUGUAUGACCUCGAGGGCAGCGUGCAGGAGCGCAUAGAGAAGAUCGGCAAAGUCAUGUACGGCGCCGAGAAGGUCGAGUUCAGCGAGCUGGCGCAGAAGAAGGUGGACAGUUAUGUUAAGCAGGGGUUUGGGAAGCUGCCGAUCUGUAUCGCAAAGACGCAGUAUAGCCUUAGCCAUGAUCCCGCGCUGAAGGGCGCACCGAGUGGGUUUACGGUGCCGAUUCGGGACGUGAGGAUGGCGGCUGGGGCGGGGUAUCUAUACGCGCUUGCUGCGGAUAUCCAGACGAUUCCAGGUCUGCCGACGGCGCCGGGAUAUCUUAACGUUGACGUCGACACGGAGACGGGCGAGAUUGAGGGGCUGUUCUGA